AUGGGUAUCAAGUUCUUGCUGAUCCUUAUCCUCUUGACCCUAGCCGUAGUCACUGAAUCUGCCAAUGCCAUGACCAAAUCUUGUGCCAGUGGCCAAGGUUGCAUUGGAGACGAUGAUGAGCUCGAGUCUAUGAUGGAUUCUGAGACCAACCGGCGGCAACUAGCUGUAAGGCGCGGACACAUUGGUUACGAUGCACUCAAGAAGAACAAUGUGCCAUGCAACCAUCGUGGCCGGUCUUACUACGAUUGCAAGAAGAGGAAAAGGGUAAAUCCUUACAGGCGUGGCUGCAGCGUCAUCACGCAUUGCUACAGGCACACUUCUUAA